CAAACCCAUCCUCUUCAAGUCUACAACAUCCCUUUGAAUUCCCUAGUCCUCACCACAAAUCUUAAAACACACACUAUUUCUCUUAACAUGCACUCCCUCAUUGCCUUUUAUUUUCAGCUUCCAUGCCCUAAAAAUCUCUUACAAGGGUGCAUUUAUCAUUUCCCACAACCAUCGGACGGUGGAGAGCGCUCCGUGGAAACUUGAUAGCUUUCUUCCCACCCCUUUCGCCGGCAUUCGUAACUCUAAUUAUUUUUUCGCAGAGAAGACGACGCAUGGCAAUGGGAAGCUUAGCCAGGCGGAGAGCCGGCAGCAUCCUCUUCCGGCCGGCGGAGAUCGGUCGAUUUGCGGCGGGAUGGAGAGGUUUUGCGGCGGCUGCGGGGGCGGAUGAGAGCGACGUGGUGGUGAGCGGCGGCGGUCCGGGGGGAUAUGUGGCGGCGAUCAAGGCUGCGCAGCUAGGGCUCAAGACUACGUGCAUCGAGAAGAGGGGAACUCUCGGCGGGACCUGUCUUAAUGUCGGCUGCAUACCUUCGAAGGCUCUCCUCCACUCAUCUCAUCUGUACCACGAAGCGAAGCACGCAUUUGCCAACCAUGGCGUCAAGUUCUCCCAACUUGAAGUCGAUCUUCCCGCCAUGAUGGCUCAGAAGGACAAAGCCGUAUCCGGCCUCACUCGCGGAAUCGAAGGCCUCUUCAAGAAGAACAAAGUCGCCUACAUCAAAGGCCAUGGAAAGCUCGCCUCCCCCUCCGAAGUCUCCGUCGACACCCUCGACGGCAGCACCACCACCAUCAAAGGGAAGAACAUCAUUAUCGCCACCGGCUCCGACGUCAAAUCCCUCCCCGGAGUCAUCAUCGACGAGAAGAAGAUCGUCUCAUCAACCGGAGCCCUAUCCCUCCAAACCAUCCCGAAGAAGCUUGUUGUGAUUGGAGCCGGCUACAUCGGCCUCGAGAUGGGAUCCGUUUGGGGGCGUCUCGGAUCCGAAGUCACCGUCGUCGAAUUCGCGCCAGACAUUGUGCCGACCAUGGAUAGCGAGAUUCGAAAGCAGUUCCAACGAAUGCUCGAGAAGCAGAAGAUGAAGUUCCUUCUCAAAACAAAGGUUUUAGGGGUUGAUACAUCUGGAGAUGGUGUCAAGCUCGAACUCGAAGCAGCUGAUGGCGGCGAGAAACACACGAUCGAAGCCGAUGUAGUUCUCGUCUCUGCUGGCAGAAUCCCUUUUACCGAAGGGCUUGGCCUGGAAAGAAUCGGCAUACAGACCGACAAAUCUGGCAGGAUCAUCGUCGAUCACAAGUUCACGACGAGUGUUCCGGGAAUCUACGCGAUCGGCGACGCGAUUCCGGGACCUAUGCUCGCGCAUAAGGCCGAAGAAGACGGUGUCGCCUGUGUGGAAUUCAUCGCCGGAAAAGAAGGUCACGUAGAUUACGAUCUGGUGCCUGGAGUUGUCUACACUCAUCCAGAGGUGGCUUAUGUCGGGAAGACGGAGGAGCAGGUUAAGGCCGCCGGAGCAGAUUACCGUGUCGGCAAGUUCCCUUUCAUGGCGAACAGCAGG